CAGAAAACAGAUUCUCUUUUGUCUCCCUCGCAUCGCAUCGGAACCAAACCCUCUUCUCUCCUCCGCCUUUCUUAAACCUCAAAAACCCCUCCUUUCUUAUUGCGGAGAGAAGAUGGCGAUGGGGCGUCUUCUUCUUACGCCCAAACUGAAUCCCCAUUUCAGCAUCAGAGGUUUCCUACCUUUGACGAGGAGAUGGUCUUCCUCUUCCUCUUCCCUGGAGGAUGGCCGGGACUCUAAGGCUUCCGCUAACAAAGAUAUUGGCCAAAAGGGAAUGCAUUGCUACUCUUUUGGUGCCUUGGUCACUAAUCUGAAGCAAAAGAUUAUGGGCAACUUGCCCUUGCUCAACAAACCUCCAUGUGAAGAACGCUCCGUUCUGUCGGAACCACCCAUGGUGUCUUCACUAGCUGCUGAGAACAAAAACAGUAUCCCUCCUCCGAGUGCAAAAGAAGAAGAGUCUUUAGUCUCUGUAGAUGAUGCAUCUCAAAGUGUUGCUGCAAUUGAGAUUUCUGUGGAGAAAGUGAUGUUAGAUAGUAAUAGCUUAGACGGCUUGAAGCUUGCACAGGAGAAGGUGUUGGGUUUGUUACAAGCUGAAAGAGUGGAUAAAAAGGAAUCACCUCAGAAGAAACUCUCCAACAUGUUCAUCAAUCUGCAUCCAGAUAAGGAGGUUAAGCCUCGUCUCAGAUCUGAGGCAUUGAGUGACAGAAAUUCCAGUCUGUCUCGUGAUGAGGGUGGUCAACACGUCCCUGUCCAGAAAGUGAAGAAUAUCACCAAGGAAAACGAUCAAAAGAGCGGAGAACUAGUUGCUAUUCCUUUUAGAGGAGCCGUUGUACCUGUGGCAGUGAGUAGAGACUCGAGCUUCAAGAAGGUGAUAGAGUACCUUCACGCUCCAACUAACAAUGGCACCACAAAGAGUUAUCUUUUUUGUGUGACGGAGGAAGAAGAAUCCAAAGGACUGUGCAGCCAGGCCACAUUGGCUGCUGCUGCUACCAGUGCGAAUCAAGAGUCAACAAGAAAGAGUUUGGACGCGUUAUCUAUCAGAGAGCACUCCCCUAACAGAGUAGUAUUGAGGUUUUUGCACGAAGGGUUUCAGAAGACUGACAUCGUUAAAUCAUUUUCUGAGUUUGGAGCCGUUUUAGAUGUUCAAGAAGUUCCAUCUUUCGAGGGCUGCAUUUACAAAGAUGCUCUCUUGACUUUUGAGACUAAAUCAGCAGUCAAGAAGGCUCUCAAGAAAGGUGUUGUGAUGUUGAAACAUUGCAGUGCAAUUGUCGAGGCAGUUUCUCAGGAAGACAUGGUGGAAAUGAUACGUAUUCCGGAUCUCAUUGGCGAUCCAGACGUGCCUGUUUCAUUGGUGAAGGAACCAACCAGAACAGUUAAGAUUCAUCCACUGGAUCAAAGGAUAGGUUCGAAUCAGAUCAGAGAAGCGCUAAGGUUCUGUAAGAGGGACAUAUCUAAGAUCAUCUUUGGUUCAUCGACAACAGCUGCUUUCGUUGAGUUUGAGACGGAAGAAGGCAAAGAGAGAGCAGUUGCAGCGCAUUCAGUUGACGUGCUCAACAAGAAAUUGUUUAUCUCUAGGAUUGAUAUACCGAGGACAACCGUUGCAAGAAUCUCAAACUUGUCAGGAUUAAUGACUGGUGACUUACGGAAACUGUGUGUGCCUUAUGGGCAGAUCAAACAGAUGUUUCACAGAGGAAAGGGUGUUGCAGAUGUUCAUUUCGAUAUCUCUGAGUGGCCAAACAUGCUCACUAUUCUCAACAGCAUGAAUGGUAAAGAGAGAAAUGGUAAGAAGUGGGUGGUUCGACCAGCGACAACAGUUAUACCUAAUGAGAUUCUGAAGGUUUUGUGGGAAGACCCUCAAGGAAUGAGGUAUGUGAAAGGUUUGAUUAAGGACAUGGUGAGAGAGAUUGAACAGCCUUUAGAUUCAGCUGCAUUAUCUUCAUUGUGCUCAGCUCUUGAAGAUUAGAGGAUAGAGAGCCAUUGUUUUGGUAAAACAUCUAUCAAAAGAAAACCUAACCACGUAAAGAAAAUUUCUAAUCAACAGGAUUUAAUUUAAGAAGCUCUACUCAAAUCAUUUAAUAUCAGCAAAA